AUGUCCGGAGAGCAGCGGCCGUUCACCAGCGACGCCCUGCCGCAGGUCAUCUACUACAAGCAUGGUUACAGGUACGUGGCGUCCUCGUCGAAGACCGUCCGCAACCACAACUUCUACUAUGACCUGGAGAGGCGGUCGCGUGAGAUGGAGAGCCUCAAAGGCAGUCGGUCCUCCAAGCAAACGACCAGCAAAUCCGAACAGGUGAUUAGUUUUGAAAAAAAAGACCACAAAUGGCGUCCAACUCAAUUACUUUUUAUGUAAAAAUAGCGGCUGGGGGCUUACUUCGCUUUUCAGAGCAGCCAAAGACGCUAUCAGAUCCGGCUAACGCGCAUGCCCGGCAGGUACUAUGGAGGGACCUUUUACCCAGCCACCUCCAAAACGGUAAGUAGCGAGGGAGAGUGGGUUGUGCGUUUUUUUGUUUUGGCUACAAACCAUUUGAAUCUUUACAUUUGUAUAUUGGCUCUCAUUAGUUAUUCCGGAAUGCUCGAAAAGCAGAUUUUUUCGCUUUCCAGUUUUACAACAGCCCGAUUCGUAACGGUUUUAAGCUUGUAAGUUCAUAUAUCAUGCAAAAAAUCCAUUAGCGCCUGAAUCUUUUAGAUUUUCCAUAGAUUUCUCUGUAGCGUUUGCCUUCUUAGACAUGCCAAACUGAAAGGUUGCAUUGGAAAUCAAGAAAAAAAGUCACGUCAUUUAAAUAAAGAACUUUUUGUACCUUUUCUUAUUAGCUUUGUGUAGCAAACUUGCCUUUUUUGGCACGUUUUAUAGUUCUGCAAGUAAUCCAUGUACCCCUGCUAUGUACAUAUUUACUUUUUUCGCAUUCCACUCCCUCAAUGCCGGCCGUUAUUACCCACGACUUAAAAGUUAAUUCAUCUAAAGAAUUAUCGGAUAAGUGAAAGAGUUCCUUCAGUACUCAAUAUCCCCACAAUACACACACCUAAUACCCAGCCACGGGCAGACUUCUCUCGGUCUUAACUCUCUGUCUGUUUAGGUGUACUUCGUCCUGAAUGGGAACCCCUCCCAGAUCCACCGCUGUCUGUUGAAUCCCUCGAAGCCGCUGGAUUUGGACGUUAUUUUGGAGGAGGUCUCGCACGCCCUGGGCGUCGCCAUCUUCAAAAUCUACACCUACGAAGGCGAGCGCAUCACAAGCAUGGAGCGGCUGCUGGACCUGCGGGAUAAUCGGGUCAUUGCCGUGGGGCGCAAUGAGAAGCUGGUCCUGCAGGGCCGUUCGUUCAGUGACUUAGAGAAGGGAAGCUCAAGGCAGUUGUCAAACUCAUUACCUCCGAUUUACUCCACGUCCGCCGAGAAUGGAUUUACCUCAAGGGCACAAAGGCGUAAGUGUCUUGUUUUCAGUGCCAUUAGCCUGUACUAACCAUGUUAUUCAUUUUCUUUUAGCCUCUCUCAAUUACCUAUCACAGCAACAAAACAGUAUCGAACGGCCCGGAAAGUACCGGCUUCCCUCAACCAGUGCCAUAGCACCCACUCAGUCUCGAAAGCAAUACAUAGCGGCGUUGGCCAAUAAAGGCCAUCCGUCCGCCGACCAGGCCCGUAAACGAGCCCGCCGAAGUUUGUCACAGCCGCGGUAUGUUCGGAAUAGUGAAAAGCUGCCGUUGACGACGACAAGAUUAUCCAGUAAACGAGAUGUCAACGCGUUACAAACACGUCGUUCGAGAAAUCCGGACCCUCCCAAAAGGGACAGACACGUAGCCGAUGCCAAGGCUGUCACAGCGACGGCAAUAGCGUCGGCCGCCAAAGCCGUGCACGACUCACCGACGAAAGAUGAGAAAAAAGAGGAGAAUCAGGGAGAUCGGCUAGCCAGCCGUUCCCAUACCGCGGAUAGUGAUUCAGGAAGGCCUAGGUCCAUUAAUCAUCUACAAUCAAGCCAUAAUUCAAGCGACACUCAUGAGAAUCAUACUGAACAAAACUACCACACAGGUCAUGAAGGGGAUGAUGAGAUUGAAGAGGAAGGUGAAGAUUAUGAUGAAAAUGAGAUGGACGAUAUGGAAGACGACUAUCCAGAGAUGCCUCAGGAAGUUUACGAUCAUUACAUGGAUAAUGGAGGAGAUGGGGUUCUAGAAAAUAGAGGUAAGUCAACAUUUCAAGUUUUUAUGAGUGGCCUUGGAAUUAUUAAUGACUUCAAAUUACAGCGGGUACUGGCGAAGACAUGCAAAAAAUGCUGAAAUCUGUAACGGCCAUCCAAGCAGGCGUUAGAGGGUUUUUGACAAGGAAAAGGUUACGGGGUAAGUAAUGAUAAUAUUCCAAAAUUCUUAUAGUUUGUGUGCUUUCUUUUGCCGCUGCUAGGAAAAACCUUUUAGUAUAUGCAGUAUGUUUACUUUCCAACAAAAAUGAUCGGAUAUUUCUUGCAGAUGAAAGAAAAGAAAAUGAGGAAAAGGAAUUGGAUGCUGAGAUUGGCAGUGAUGUUGAGAACGACGACGAAAAAGAAGAGGCAGCCAUACAUCCCGAUGGACCGAAGUCUGCUGGUGGUGAUGAUGAAGAAAACGUGAAAGAUGCUCAUAGCUUACAAGCUACAACGGCAGAUGAGGAAGAAAAUAAGGUUGACGAGGAUGGUUUUCAAAGCAAACCUAACACAUCUUCUUCUAAAAGGAAGGGAAGCAAACAAAGCUUGGAAAAAGAUGAUAACAAGGAAGAUGAGAACCACAAUGAAGAGAAGAUUGACGAACCAAAGGAAGAUGAUAAAGACGAAGAAGACCACAAAGUAAGUGUAUUGUAAAGAUUCGAGAAGCAGGUCAACACGAAAAAAAUAAAGAAUUGGUUGUUACAACGCCUUACAAUAGCUUCUUUAAAUAGCAAAGCAUCUCAUGAAGCAAGUGCUAAAAUAUUUUUUCAGCCAUCAACAUCGCAAAGCAAGCAGGAAGAGAAAAUCGAAGAUAAAAUCGAGGAUACGAUAGACUCCAAUGAGCUUGAUGAAAAUCCGGGAACUUCCAAACAAGCAGAAGAUCAAAAACUCCCUGAAAUUGAAGAAGAACCUACAAAAAUAGAGGAAAAUGGGAUAGAAGAGAAGGAAAAAAAAGAUCCAGAUCAACGAAGUGAUAAAUAUUACUUCAAACUUCAAGAUGUCAACGAAUUAGAAGGAGCGAAUACUGAUGGUUCUACUGAAGAUGAGGAUGACCUCCUGUUGAAGAGGAGUGUGGAUCCUGGUGAUGGUAAAUAAGUAAUCAUGUAAAACCUCAUGAUUGUUAUAAAUUUCAGUUGAAUCCUAUACUGUUGUUGUGAAGUUGGGCAAUCGUUGGGCGGCGGAUUCAGAGACCGAGUUGUUUGUUCAGUUCUUCGGAGAGAAGGGCGAAUCAGAGAAGGUUUAUAUCCGAAACCAGUACGUAAAUUGGCUGGAAGUGACUGACAAAGAGGUCAAUCGAGAGAUGGCUAGUACGUUUCGGAUGAAAAUCAAAUCCGCGUUUGUUGGGAUAUUGCAAAGAAUCACCAUUGGUCAUGACUCAGUAGGAUACGGUAAGAAAACUCAAAAAUUACAGCGAAUAAGCGGACAUUACAUUGCGUAAUGUUAGAAAGAUGAUUCACUUUUUAAACCCUUUUCUUUCAGGUGCCGGAAUUUUUAUCGACACAAUUGUGGUUACUGAAAAUGCAGUCAACGGCCGAGGCUACCUCUUUCAAGUCUACAAGUGGUUCGAUUCCGGCCAGGUUGAUGGGAAAUUAGUUCGAACUGUAAAACUGACUGCAUUUUGUGAGAUGUACACCAUUCCACAAGCCGCUCAACGAACCACAAGAGGCCGCUGGGAAGUUGUGUUGAGGUCCGGAGAUCACGCUGGGAAUGGAGGGACCUCUUCGAACUUAUUGUUGGUCGGAACAGGGACAAUGAGCUCGAGCACAGUCGUAUUGCCGAAUGAAAAGAGUCUGCAGAACGUCCCAUCGGAAACUAUGAUUCAGGUAAAAUUUUAUUUUUACAGACAGUUACAGCACUGUAAUUGCCUUGUUUAUAAUCAUAACCUUUUCCAGGCCGACUUCGGACCGAUCGGCGAGCUCCUUAAACUGCGUGUCGAAAUCGACGGAGAAGGCGAUCAGCCGAAUUAUUGUAUUCAAGAAGUUGAGCUGCGUGACUUGGACACUCAAGAAAAGUGUGUCAUCCCUUGUGCAAAGUGGCUGAAAUGGCAUCACACCCAAAAAGGAGAUCAGCCUUUCAGAGAGUUUAUGACCUUCAAGAUUGGAGUCGAACCGUUGCCUUGUAAGUCCUCCGAAUAGUAUUUUUGAUUUACAUUUUUAGUGAUUCAUUACGAAGGGAAGAUCACAGUGUUUGAUUCGUGUCUCCAUUACGUUGAGAAUAUUGGGAGAAUGGAGUUGAUCGGGGAUUUGGGCCAGACUGGAUGCAUCUUCAUCGACUUUGCCAAUGUGGAUCGCAAAUCAAAGAAGCCGGUAAGGAAGCGAGCAUGACACGACAUGUCAAGCGAAGAUAUAGUUUUAAUGUAUUGCAAUAUCAAUUUUCAGGAAGUUACCUUCAAAUUCGAAGCCCUUUCCGUCGGAAAAUUGCAUAGCGCCCGCUUUUAUCUCCAACCAAAACCGGAGGCCGAGCCAAUCUACAAAGGAUUCGAUGUUCUCCAACAAAUUUGGGAUCGCCAAGCAGUGAAUGGAGUGAUCCCUCCUCACAAUAUUGGCACAACUGGUAACUACUGGUUGUUGGGUGAGAUGACGGUUAGGGAAGGGCUGCAUGUGCCGUUCAAAUACUCGUUGAAUGCGGCGAGGAUUCGGCCUCGCGGCACCGAAGAAGACCCGUAUGUCUUGGAACUCCGACUUUCAGGUAGGUUUAUGACAUUUUUGCAAUCAGCAAAUAUUGCACUUUCGGUUACGGUAUUUCAAAUACAAUUAUUAUACAUCAAUUUUUAGUUCUUUUAAUUUUUCCGUAUCUCAUUUUACACGCUAUAUUCAUCGUGAUCACAAAUUUGAAAAUGAAAAAAUCUCGCGAAAUCUCGGAUUACGACGAUUUUUGAGUGCAGAUUUUAGCCCUCGAAGGGAUGCCGACCCGGAUCCGGAAGAGUAAGGCACCGCAUCGCUCACCGUCCGCCUGGUUUCUGUCCAUGGCACUCUCCGAACACUCAAAUCUCAUGCCCACUGUUGCACUGUGCGGCAAAAACUCUGUCACCGAAAUGCACCCCAUCUCACAAACACCCAUUGAUCGGAUGAUCAGUUUCCAGGUGAGGGCGAAGGGACUUUUAAAGGGACUUUUGGAAGGGUGGUUGAGGGAGGUGAAGGCAAGGAAAGAAACCGGCAAUUGGUUGGGGUGCAAGAGACCAUCUUCCAAAGAGUCAUCCGAUAGAAUUCAGAUGAAAUAAUAAGCCCUUUUAUUUCGAUUUGAUUCAUGUUGUACUCACGGUGAUAGCAAUGCAAAUAUUUUUACUUUCAACAAACAAAAUCAAAUUCCACCAGCAAGUUUCACAACCCAUCCUGAUUAUUUAUCGUUAGCCGUUUUUGUUUGCUGCGGAAAGACAUCAUGUACACACCACAAGAACAUCAUGAACUUUACUGUAUCAAUGAGUUCACGGCUUAGUUCUUAUUUAUCCUCUUUAGAACAAAGAGCGUCGUCGAGAGGCGCUGGCCGCCCUCAUCAAAGUCCGAGUCACCGUUCAGCCCAAUAAAUUUAUGAAGUUCCCGUCGGAUCACAAGCCUGAUUCCACUAAUCCUGUUCUACAUAUCAUGAAAGUAAGCGAUCCCCCUAAAGUAAACAUAGAAAUGUGGUUCAGAUGCGUUUGGUAGACAACGCCAACGGCGAUGAGGUGCGCUUCCCUGUCGCAAAUGUCAUAAUAAGCCCUGAAAAUGGGGUUGUUGAAUUCCCGGUGGCUUGGCCGGAUCGCCCUCCCCUUCUGAAUGUUGUCUAUGAAGUCCAAGUCAAAACGGGUGCUUCUUCCAUGCCCAAGGAUGCAAUUGUUAUGUUGAAUUUGUUCGGCGAAGCUGGAGAUACCGCUGGUCGCAGGUUGAAGGACAGUAGUAACAAAACUAAGAAUCCUUUUGCUGCCGACACGGUAAGACAAUUUGUAAGCAGGAAAAUAUUUUUCAAAAUUGUUUUGAGUCUUGACUUAUAGCAACAUGCCGAAUCUCAAUUUUCAGACCUCUUCAUUUGCCUUCGAAGCCGUCUCCAUUGGUCUUGUUAGGACCGCCGAAAUUACGGUCAGUUCCAAGUCAAGGGAAUUUCUAUGGGAAUGCAAACAACUUACAAUUAAAUCUUCCACCAAUCCCAGUUCAUACAUCUUCCAAUUUCAAAAGUAAGUCAGGCCUUUGUAUUACAAAAAUCAGGUAGCAAAUCAUCGACGAAAGAAUUAGUAAUAUUGUAAAAUACGGCAUGCUUUAAUCACAGCAAUUUUUUUCACGGCUGUUUUUGCUAUUUUUUGCGACUUAUCUAACUGAAAUAGCUUGCGUUUUCCAGAAACAAAACAUUUUUUUUUGUUACUGAUCGCGAAGAACGAGCUGGAAAUCUCUCAUAAUCACUUUAUUAAAAAAAAACUGCCUUUCAUAUAAAGUACUUGCAAGUUUCAGGCCGUUCACCGCAGUCACCAACCGUCAAGCAGUCUCCUUGUACAGCAUCACCUAG